CCGCCGCUGCAGUGCGCAGGAGACCGCGGCCCGCGCCUCAGCGCGCCCGAGCCGGAGCCGGGCCGGGGUCGGUACACCUGGCGAAUGCGCCCGGCCGCGCGCGCCAGCGCAGGAGCCCGAGGAGCGGCCGCCGCCCGCGCGGCGGGGAUGCCCGGACGCCGGGCCCCGGGGCUGGGCCCCCGGCGGUAACCGGAGCGGGGGGGCCGCGCCCCCCCUCCGCCUACCCCCCCCCCCCCCCCUUGCCGGUCCCAGAGCCGCAGCUGCUGCGCCCGCGCGCUCCCGGGGACAUUCUAACCGCCGCCCGGGCCCGCUGCCUCUUGCCCCGCUAUUAAUACCGGCGGCCCGGGAGGGGGGCGCAGCGCGCGCAGCGCAGCCAUGGGGACACUGCUGGCCUUGGUGGUCGGCGCGGCGCUGGUGUCCUCGGCCUGGGGGGGCUGUGUGGAGGUGGACUCGGAGACGGAGGCCGUGUACGGGAUGACCUUCAAAAUCCUGUGCAUCUCCUGCAAGCGCCGCAGCGAGACCACCGCCGAGACCUUCACCGAGUGGACCUUCCGCCAGAAGGGCACGGAGGAGUUUGUCAAGAUCCUGCGCUAUGAGAACGAGGUGCUGCAGCUGGAGGAGGAUGAGCGUUUCGAGGGCCGCGUGGUGUGGAACGGCAGCCGGGGCACCAAGGACCUGCAGGACCUGUCCAUCUUCAUCACCAACGUCACCUACAACCACUCGGGCGACUACGAGUGCCACGUCUACCGGCUGCUCUUCUUUGAGAACUACGAGCACAACACCAGCGUCGUCAAAAAGAUCCACCUUGAGGUGGUGGACAAAGCCAACAGAGACAUGGCAUCCAUCGUGUCGGAGAUCAUGAUGUAUGUGCUCAUCGUGGUGUUGACCAUAUGGCUCGUGGCAGAGAUGGUUUAUUGCUACAAGAAGAUCGCCGCGGCCACGGAGGCUGCUGCACAAGAGAAUGCCUCGGAAUACCUGGCCAUCACCUCAGAAAGCAAAGAGAACUGUACGGGCGUCCAGGUGGCCGAAUAGCCCUGGUAAGGCCCUGGGCUCCACCUCAAGGAAGAGCCAGCCCUAAAUGGGGAACAUCUGGGCACAGCCUGCCCCCAGUGGGGGCUGGCCAUUCACGGGCCUCCACGAGCCUCAGAGUCCUGCCAGCGGAGCCGCCAGGGUGGGAGGGGGCAGGGGGCUUGGCUCACACCCCCAAUCCAGCCUACUUCCUCCUGUUCCAUUGCCCACCCACGCCAUGCAUGAUGGGUAAAGCAAUACUGCCGCUGCCCCCACCCCUGCUUCUGCUGCCUGUUUGGGAGGGGGGGCGGUGAGGUGGGGGCAGCGGCUCCGCACCCCUCCUUCUUGCUGAUUUGCACACACUGGCCGCUUCAGAUGCACACUACUGGGGCCCAGCCCCUCCCUGCCCCAGCCCCCACCCGGUGGGGGGUCGUGAUGGGCUGGCACGGUUUGGGGCAGGGGGUUCUGGGGCCCACCCCGACCCCCAGCAACAUUUCCCCUCCUUCCUCUGGCUGGACCUGGGGUCCCCUCUCCCUGUGAUGCACUCUUGCCCCGGCCCAACCCUGCCCUCUCUCACCAGCCUUGGAUCGCGGCCACUUAGAAAGGGGCCCGUUCAGCCUCCUCUCUCUUCACACAAGUAGUUUUGUUCAUGAAAUAAAGAUUCUUGGACUUGA